GUUAACUGUGAGUCUGCUUUUGAAGAGGCCUGGUGGGGGAAUAUGGAACAAGAUACACGGACUGAAAAGCUUGAAUUUACAUGGGGAAAGAAGAAAGGAAAGGGAGGGAAAAAUAAGGACGUUCAUUAUGAAUCUUUUACUUUUGAUGGUGAAGAGUACACGCUGUAUGAUUGCGUUUAUCUUUACAAGGAAGAUGAACCUGAGCCUGAGAUUGGAAAGCUAAUAAAAAUAUGGGAAACUGGUGAGAAGACAAGGAAAGUUAAAGUUCUAUGGUUUUUUCGUCCUUGUGAGAUUUCAAAUUUUCUUGGAUGUGAAGAGGUACUUGAGAAUGAGUUGUUCUUGGCAUCCGGUGAUGGUGUGGGCCUUGCGAAUCUUAAUCCAUUGGAAGCCAUUGCUGGAAAAUGCAAUGUUCUUUGCAUUUCAAAAGACAAGGAAAAUCCUCAACCAUCAGAUGAAGAGCUUCAAAUGGCCGAAUUUGUGUUUCGUCGAACCUUUGAUGUUGGGCUGCAAAAAAUCACUGACAAGAUAGAGGGAGCAAUUGCUGGGAUUGAUGUUAAAUUCAUGUUUAACAGAAGGGAUAUUCAGAAGCCUGGUGGCGUUCUGAAAGUUGAUUUAGGAAAAAAUGAAGUUUGUGGGAAUUCCAUAGCAAGUAAUGAAACAGUGGUUCUAUCAAACAAAAAUUCAUUUAAAGAAAAUAUCACUUUAGAGACAAAUGGAAAUAUUGUUGAUUCGUCAACACUAGAAAAGGGUGAUUUGGUUAAGCAUAAACCAUCACUUGUAGAAAAACCUGCUUAUGGUGUAGGUUUAAAUUCAAAUGAAAAGGAUAAAAUGAAUGAAAAACAGGAACAUGUGUCAAAUCCCAAGGUCUUGUUGAGUUCUGAAGUUAAAAGUGAUGAAGGUGAGGUUAAGUGUGGUAAAGUUCAUGCACAACAAGUUGAAGUGGAAGAAAAAGUGAUGUUCACUAAGGAUAACGUUGAUUCGGAUAAUAGGCCAACCAAGAAGGCGAAGCUUGAUAAUGGUAAAGGUAGUGAGCAAAUACUUGCGAAGGUAGAAAGAAAGAAAAAAUGUACCAAUGUUUGUGAUUCGAAGGCGAAGAAUGACACUUCAAUUGAAGUGGUCAAUGACAAAAAGAAUAGUAGUGACCUGAGUUGUAUGAAUGUUACAAAGGUUGUAUCCCCAAAUGUUCCUGUUGAAGUGGAUCAUGGACAAUCUAAAAAGCCGAAGCUUGAAUCUUCGAUUGAAGUGCCCAAUGACAAAAGCAAAAGUAGUGACCUAAAGCAUGUGAAUGCUACAAAAGUUUUAUCAUCGUCUACCUCUGCUCUUGAUGAUAAAUCCAAACUUAAGCGUGCAAAGGAUUCUCUUGGAACAAACAAUGCCCUUCUCAAGAAGAUGAAGCUUGAUGACAAGGCAAUGACCAUUUCCGAAGGCAACAAUGGUAAGUUGCCUAAAGCAUCUCAACGUAAAGUCAAACAUGUAGAGGAUUCUCGUGGAGCAAAUGAAGAGUCUUGCAAGAAGAUAAAGCUCGAUGAGAAAGCCAUGGCACCUUGUGAUGGCAAGUUGCCUAAAGUACCUCCUACACAAUCUCAAAGUAUGGCCGAAAAGGUUGAUGGCCAAGAAGUUACUCGACGUCCCGAUGUUGACAGAAGAACAUGGUUCAAGGGAUUUCCUUGGGAGGAUAGAAUUCAGGCUGCACAUGAGCAAGGCACCCUUGUUCUGCUCCAGAAUUUGGAUCCAGCAUACACUUCAGCACAAGUGGAGGACAUACUAUGGCAUGGUUUUAAGGAGAGCUGCACGGCUAAGAUGAUUCAGCGGACCGCCAAUUCUAGUCCUCACUAUGGACAAGCUCUUGUUAUUCUCAAAACUAGGGAAGCAGCACAAAAGGUUGUUAGAGAAUUGGAUAAGAGAUGUUUAUUGUUGUCAAAUGGAAGGCCUCUUGUUGGCAGCUUUGGAACUCCUUGUUCCUCAGAAAAGAAGGCACCCUUUUUUGGUCAUCUUACUAUUGAGAAACUACGGCACCAAAAUGCACGGGAAAUGAAAGAAGCCAUAUCUACUUCACAUUGUUCCCAGCCCAACACUAUUGAAUACGAUAUGGCCAUGGAGUGGUGUUUACAACAAGAAAGAUCAGAUCUUUUGUGGAGGAACUUAUAUAAGCAACAAGGAAAGGAGUUGAGAAAACUCAAAGCGGAACUUAAACUCAAACCUGCACAUAAGAAGAAAUAAGCAAUGUGGCUGGGUGAACUUGCUCCCAUUGAAAGGUGAUGAAAGAACUGAUAUGGUUGGGCUGUAAUUCAAGGAUCGGGCAGUAUCAUGGUUGCGCAGGUGCAAGUCUUUUGUUCAGGACCGGUUUCCGGCUGUUGUGAAUCUCAUGUGAAGUUUUUGGCGGUAGGAAAUAACUGGACGGUCUGCUUCAUAUGAGCAUCAUCACCGAAGAAAAGUGUAAAUUCCUUUGUAUCAUCUUCAGAUAGUGAAUGCCGUUGUUUGUACGGUUAAUGUUUAGGUUGAACAAGUGCUUUAUCCCAGUCGAAAAAUUAACAGCCCUAAGUUCUUGUCUACUCUUUCUUAAACUCGAUUUACCAAUGAGAAGUUUCUCUUGGUGGGGUAACUGGUAGAAUUCACUCUUUCUAUGGGAGAAGUAAGGGGAUGGCAAGUGUCUGUUCUAAAUUAAUCACGUUUUGUCAUGUGAGAAAGUUGGAACAAAUGAUGACUGAGGUCGAGGGAUAGGUUUGAUGCA